AUCCAGGUCUGUCUUGUAAAAUGCUGUAGAAUGAGGACCAAAACAUAUAGUCUCUUUACUAUAAAAGGAUAUCUCAUUGUGUUUCUAUCCUGUCUUUCCAAUUCAUCUCCUACUACUCCCUUUCUCUACCCUUCUCCCCAUACUCUUUCAGGCCUUUGAUCUUCAUUUGUUCACGCUGUUGUAAAGGUAUAAUUACAGUAACCACCUUUUCACUUAAGAGUAUAAGAUUUAAGAGUCAUUCUAUUUUUGUGAUAUCUUCUUUGAAUAUAACUGCCCCAUCCUCAUAGCAUUCUGUAUUGUUUUCUAAUAUAUUAUUCACCUCUAUGAUAUAAUAAUUAUUUUUCUGCACAUUUUUCUCCCACUCUAGGUUUUCCUUGCUGAGUGAAAUGAUUGUUUCAUAAUAAAAACGAAUGAAUAGGAAAUCACAGAGCUGAGCUAGUUAGAAAGAACUUCAUGUAAAGCUAAAGCACAUAGGCUUUGAUCCAUAGAGCAAAGUACACAAACUUUAGGACAUCUAUUUUGACUGUAAGGUGCCCUGGCGGUACAGUGGUUAAAGCACUUGGCUGCCAACAGAAAGGUCAGCGUUUCAAACCUGCCAGCAGCACCACAGGAGAAAGCACCUGGCGAUCUAUUCUGGUAAAGAUUACAACCUAGGAUGUCCUAUGGCGCAGUUUACUCUUGUCAUAAAAGGUUGCUCUGAGUUGGAAUCAACUUGACAGCACACAUCAACAACAUUUUGACUGUAGAUGAUGAGAAAUGAUUUUUGUUUUAACAAGGAUUUUAUGCUUAUAUCUUGUCUUCUGUCUGUUUUUAGGAAAAAAAUAAUGCAAGUUGAGUAAAUCCUUCUCAUUUUGUUGAGUAUUAAGAUACUGUAUCUCAGAUGUCUAAUAUGGUGUUAAAACAAAAAUCAUAUUAAGCCAAUAAUAGAAAUUGAUUGAAGUUUUUUGAUGCAUAUGAUUUGCAAAUCAGGAUGAUAUUUUGACUAGAGGGUCAAAAAUGUUCCGAAGAUGAGAAGAACUUCCAGAACUCUUAUACCACAUCUUAUCAGCCUUGUCAUGGAAAUGGGAGGCCAGAACAGUGUUUUUAUGAUAACAAUUUAUCCUAAAACACAGGUUCCAGUCAGACCCUGGAGUUACGUUUCUUGAAACUGACUAUAUAUAGAUAAUUCUCCAAAAGAGCCCACUGCCUAAGGCAGAACGGUCUCUGCUAAGCUGCUUACUAGGCUAUUGUUUGACUUAUAGGUGACUGAAAACCAGUAUCUUCAAGGCUCAAGGUUCAAAGGACACCUAAGGACAAAUUGCCUGGCUGUCAUGGAUGCAUUGGUGGAAGAUGAUAUCUGCAUUCUGAAUCAUGAAAAAGCCCAUAGGAGAGAAACAGUGACUCCUGUCUCAGUGUAUUCAGGAGAUGAGUCUGUUGCUUCCCAUUUUGCCCUUGUUACUGCAUAUGAAGACAUCAAAAAACGACUUAAGGAUUCAGAGAAAGAGAACUCUUUGUUAAAGAAAAGAAUAAGAUUUUUGGAAGAAAAGCUUAUAGGAGCUCAAUUAGAUGAAGAAACAAGUUCUGUGGGACGAGAACAAGUAAAUAAGGCCUACCAUGCAUAUCGAGAGGUCUGCAUCGAUAGAGAUAAUCUGAAGAGCAAAUUGGAUAAAAUGAAUAAAGACAGCUGUGAAUCGUUGAAAGUAUUGAAUGAACAGCUACAGUCUAAAGAAGUAGAGCUCCUCCAGCUGAGGACAGAGGUGGAGACUCAGCAGGUGAUGAGGAAUUUAAAUCCACCGUCAGCAAACUGGGAGGUGGAAAAGUUGAGCUGUGACCUGAAGAUCCAUGGUUUGGAACAAGAGCUGGAACUGAUGAAGAAAGAAUGUAGCGAUCUCAAAAUAGAGCUACAAAAAUCCAAACAAAUGGAUCUGUCUCAAGAAGACAAUCUGAAGAGCAGGGAUCUCCAAAGACUAAGCAUUUCAAGUGAUAAUAUGCAGCAUGCAUACUGGGAACUGAAGAGAGAAAUGUCUAAUUUACAUCUGGUGACUCAAGUACAAGCUCAACUACUGAGAAAACUGAAAACCCCAACUGCAAUCAAGAAAGCCUGUGCCCCGGUAGGAUGUGUUGAAGACCUUGGGAGAGACAGCACAAAACUGCACUUGACAAAUUUUACUGCAACGUACAAAAGACAUCCUCCUCUCUCACCAAAUGGCAAAGCCUCUUCUCAUGCCACAUCUUCUCCUUUGCCAGGCGAUACAAAGAUUUUAUCAGAGAAAGCAAUUCUCCAAUCAUGGACAGAUAAUGAGAGAACCAUUCCUUGUGAUGGUACAAACUUUCAGGAACACAACUCCUAUGGCAGAAAUUCCCUGGAAGAUAAUUCUUGGGUGUUCCCAAGCCCUCCUAAAUCAAGUGAGACAGCAUUUGGAGAAACUAGAAGCAAAAUUUUGCCUUUACCCAACCUGCCACCACUGCAUUACUUGGAUCAACAUAAUCAAAACUGCCUUUAUAAGAGUUAAUUCUGAAGAGAUUCAUGAUUUGGCCAAAAGGAUGCUGUAUCUCCCUCAUUGGUUCUCCCCAAGAAAUUAUUUAACAAAGUGAAAGUGGAUUUUGAUUAAAAUUUUGCAGUUUUUCAGUAUAUAUACAUUUGUACAUACUGUAUCAUAAUUAUGUAAUUAAUUUUGAAUACCCUCCAGCUCCACAUUCUGGCAAAGAAUCAGAUAAAUGCUACUAAUAAAUUACUUAAGGUGUUUCAAAAAGACUGUUUUUUCCUUUGAUUACAGUUGUUCUGAAGUUCAGCCUCUCAGAUAAAGAAUGGAAUUGGAAGUUUUUAGACUGGCUUUACAAAGCGUGUUGAUAUGCCUAAAUAUAUUCAUUUAUAAAAAUACUCAACGAGGUCAAUCUAUGGACUCGUGUAAGUUGUUUCAAACUGCAUGAAAGUAAAGGGCAAUGUGAAUAGGUUUAUUUCUGCUGACCUUACGAUACAUAAAGAUAGGAAAAAUAUUACAGUGGAAUAAUAUUACAGUGGAAUAAUAGUAUCUAGGUUAUUCCAUCUCUAUAUGCCAUUGUGUUUAAAAUUUAAAAUUGCUUCUUAAUCACAAUAUUGUUUGUUAAUAGUUUUAGAAUUGCAAUUUGAUUUCUAAGAUUCAAAAUCACUUGAUCAUGGAAGUCAACUUUGUCCCGGUACAUUCUUCAAGUCAUAAUUGAAAAAUAUGAUGGAAUAGUUAUAAAACUGUGUUGUGUGAAUAAAUUCUUAUAAACUUAUACAUCCAAUUAGAAGUAGAAAAAUUAACAAAGAUUUCACUCUGAUCUGUCCCUUUAGUGGUCCACAAUGAAAAUCUAAAUAUAUGUGUAUAAUUGUAUAAAGUCAUCUUCUCCAGAGGGACUACAGCUGCUUAUAGAACGGCUUACAAAUACUGGGCUUUAUUUUGAAAUACAACAUUUUACUCAUGUAGGUGAUUUUUAAUUAAUUGAAUUAGGAAUUUUAAUUCUAGAAAUCAAAUUUUGUACCAUACUGAGACAGUACAAUCAUGAAAUGUCCCAAAUCUUUCAUUCUAGGCCUAUCAUUUAUAAACAAGUAAGGAAAUCACAAAAAUGGCUUCACAUGGAAAUUUAUGGGGGAAUCUAAACUUCAGGGUGGAGGUAUUAAGAAUAUUAACAAUAUAAUGUAUUACUUGCUUCAUAUACCUUUCGCCUGGGCAUGAAGUGUUUCAUGUAGGGGGCCUUCAUUCUUUUUGAUAGACUGUUUCCUAUCUCUUGAACUCAAAACAGUAUCUCAAAUCUCUUCUGCUGUAUUACUGAGUAGCAUACAUACAUAAACAGUGCUCACUGUUCACGAGAUAUUUUCAUCUUUCUAUUAUCUUAUUCAAGCUCAUCUGUGAUUAAUGGAAUUUGUGUCAGAUGCUGGAAUUUAUUCUGACCAAUGAACACAGCUGACUCAAGGGGAGUACAAUCUCUUGCCAACUAAUAGAACAAAACUCAAUAUGCAUAAAACAAAUACCAGGCUCCAAGCUUUAGCUGAAAGAAGCAACUACCUGUGUAACAACAAAGCAGCAGAAACCAUUUCUCAUGUGGCUGCAUAGGCUGUAUAUGAUAUCUAAUCUCCAACAUAGCUUACUGGUUUGCCUUUUUUUUAAACCAAAUUGGAAACUUUCCUUUGUAAAGAAAAUUAAGUCUUACGAGAUAAUGUCUUGAUUAAUGUUUUGAACAAUGCGAAGAACUGUUUCAUUAAAAUAAAUUAUUUUUGUUUGAAAUUGAAGUGGGUGUGAAAUAUUGUCCUU